CUCACAUAAAUAUUUGAAUUAGAAGAAUUGGCGAGUAGUUGCAGCUUGACUGUUGGCAAACUCGCAUUUAAAGUCCAACAAUUUCCACCCCUUUUAAGUAAAUAAGGAUUUGCCUGGUGUGGUAUCCUGAAACAGGGCAGCUGACACAAAGAAUUCAAGGUGAUCUGGUUUAUUUUAACAGUUGCUUAAACCUGUGCAAGAACUUUGAAGGUAUUACAUCUGGAUUGCUGUGCAAGCUUGUGUAGUUGACUCUAUCGUUUGAAAAAAUUCAGGUUUUUAAAAAAUGGAAGCUCAAGACUCUGCUGUUCUUGAAGCAGUACAUGCAUCAGGGGAAUCCACACUGGAAAAAGCUAAAGCAAAAGCUUUAGCAGAAUUCAACCAGUUGUUAAAUGUUUCACUUGACAUUGCUGUGACAGGAAGGACAGGAGCUGGGAAAUCCUCCCUUGUAAAUGCUCUUAGAGGCCUGAGCGAUGAAGAUGAAGGUGCAGCCCCUACUGGAGUCACAGAAACUACAAUGGAGCCCACCAUGUAUGAGCAUCCUGGAAUGCAAAAUGUGAAAAUCUGGGAUCUGCCUGGAAUAGGAAGCCCAGACUUUAAAGCCAAUAAAUAUCUUAAAAAGGUCAAAUUUAAUACCUAUGAUUUCUUCAUUAUCCUUAGCUCAGAGAGGUUCUGCGAGGACGACAUCAUGCUGGCAAAUGAAAUAAAAAAGAAGAAAAAAAACUUUUACUUUGUUCGUUCAAAGAUUGACAACGACAUCUCUUCAGAGGAAAGAAAAAAAGGAUUUAAUGAGCAAAAAGUUCUUUGCCUAAUAAGGGAAGACUGUGAGAAAAACUUAAAAAGAGUGGGAAACCCCAAAGUUUUUUUGAUAUCAUCUUAUGAUUUGGAGAAAUAUGAUUUUGAAAACCUUAGAAUGACACUAAAAGAGGACCUGCCUACCCAUAAGAGAUCUGCUCUCCUACAAGCCUGGCCAGUUUGCUCUGCUGAAGCUCUUGAAGAGAAGAUCAAGUUCUAUAAAGGGCUAAUAUGGGCUGCAUCUCUUGCAUCUGCAGGAAUAGCAGUGGUCCCUGUGCCUGGCCUAUCAGUAGCAUGUGAUGCAGGCAUUGUGGUAGCAUUCUUUGUACGGUGCUACUAUGCAUUUGGCUUAGAUGAUAAAUCAUUGACCAGACUUUCGGAGAAAGUGAAUAUCCCCUUGACAGAAUAUUUGGGCAAAUCAAGGAUCACUGCUGCUCUUAAAGAAAAAGCAGUGACCAGGAUAGGUGUAUCUGCAUCAUUAGCAGUGGUGGCUACAGCUGAAUUUGCAUUGAGUCUUGUUCCAGGUGUGGGCAGUGCUGCUGCUGCAGGAUUAUCCUUUGCUACCACACAAUACCUUCUGAGAGAAGGAUUAAAUGAACUGGCAAAAACUGCUCGGGAAAUCAGAAAAUUAGCUGGACUGGAUACAAUAUGUAAUGACUCCAAGUUGGCCUGAGCAUGUGAUUUUUUUCAAGAAACAGUAUGAUGUUUGAUUUAUCUUGUUCAGGGGCCGUAUUCACAAAGAAUUUUAUCUUACCACUAUGAGUACUUCUAAACAGUAAAAGAUUUUAGCUAGGAGUUUUCUCUUAAAAGUUAUUUACAAUGCCUUUCAGACCUACUCUUAGUAAGAAAAAAUGACAACUCCUAAACUAAGAGUGAGUCUUCGUUGUUAUGGAUGACGUCAAUUCUCAUGCACAAGCUUCCUCGCAAUGACCACGGUGAUUGGUUGUUAGAUGACAGGGCUAUGAUGCGGAACAUAACACAGACACACCAAGUCAUGGAAUUACGACAUCGAUAUAUAGAUAUAUGUCCUACACAAAAUAAUAAUAGUAAUGCCGUCGAAAUGCAUAUAUAAUGUCAUGUUUGUGCAGGCCCCAGUGAAGUUUAAUUCUAAAAAAGCAGAGAGAGAUAAAGACGUGAAUUAAAUUAAAUUUAAUCAAGGUAGCCUUAUACCCUAAUGAAAACCGCAAAUUGCCUAAUAAUGAAAAACGACAUUGCAUUAACACUUGCUUGGUUAAUUGACAUCCAAUUAGCCUAAAUAGACUACUUAAAGCAAGGAAAUCUUGCCCCUAUUGGACUAGCCUAAUAAUAGUUAAAUGACGUGGAUUACGAAUAAAUGGAAAAGAAAGCCCAACUGGAUGCAGGAUCAGCUACUGCUGCUGGCCAAGUUGGUGAAACAUAAUAAAAGGGAAAUUUGGCACUAAGAUAUCAAGCAAAACUAAGUGUGAGACAUCGGAGACAGUGAUGCGUGGGUCAAUGUAUAAACAACCCGCACCCGACCGACGUUUUCAACUAACCCACCCCCAACUCGGACCGCAAAAAAUAAAAAUAAAAAAUAAAUAGUGUACCCAACCCGCUCCCUGGCCCGCAUUUUUUAAAAGUAGUAAUUGUUUAAAAUAGUUAACUGGCAUCUUUAUUUCAAACAACCUGACCGACCGCGACCCGAAUAUCAUUAAAAAUAUUUUUGGAUGACUCAUAACCGCAGGCACACGCUCAUUUCGGAUCAACCCGCGCAUCACUGAUGGGAGAGGAUUUGUUUGCGGAUCAAUGCAGCAUUCCCGCUUGUGUCGCGGACCCCGGACGACUGCGAGAGGCGGUGGUAUGCACUACAAUCGCAGUCGAGGGUUGAGAUUGCAGCCUUUAAACAGGCAAGCAUGGCAACAGGUAACGUAGGCCUAUAAUAUUAAAUAUUUAAUAUCAUUAUUGUUUCAUGUAAUUCUUAAAACUUCCUGCUUGUCAUGAAUGUAAUGAAUUAUGAAACAAAUGCCAUAAACAAUAUGCUUACAUUAAAGUGUGGUUUUAAGUGUUAUGUAGGCAAUGCUUUUGCGUUGGUGAAACUGUCCAUGUAUGUGUUAAGGAGGAUCAGACAGCACCUAAGCCAUUUUACGAUCCUUUGUGAAUAGGUCUUAGUGAGUUGGAAGUCCUCUCGACUUCUUUUAAGCCGUCGCAGACUUAGGUGCUACUUUUAGGGCUAAAAUGCUUUGUGAAUUACUCUUAGUGAAAAAAUUAGGAGUCCUAAAGUUAGGAGUGACACGCCCAAUAUUUUUAGGAGUUGCUCCUAAAUUCGCUAGUUAGGAGCUACUUUUAGCCUUUAAAUUCUUUGUGAAUACGUCCCCAGGUUUUUACAUAAAAGCAUAUACGCAUUAAUCUGUCAUGGAAUAAAUUGUCAAAUUAUGUUGCUUGUUCUUUUUUUUGCUGACAUUUAUUUGUAAAGGUUCUUGUGGGCUUUAAGAAUACGUAUCAACUUUUACUCUAUCAAUGCCUGUCCUGACUACCAUAUAUCUUCAUAUCUUAACGUUUUGUUAUUUUUAUUAAUUUUUCCCAUUUUUAGAUUUUCAUUAAUCUAUUAGUGUGUAUUUUCAUUUGCUGAGAUAAAAUAUGAACUUCUGUAACACAAAUAAACAAUAGUUCUGAGGCACUCACAAGGAAUACAAGUUUGUAUAACAAAUAACAAACGAAGGCCACAGAGGACCGAAACAUGUUGGCAUGUUUUUAAUGGAUUGCCAAGGUUAAAAUAAAGGCUUUUUAAUUUAUAUUCCUUGUGAGUGCCUCAGAACUAUUGUUUUUUUGUGUUACAUUUUGGAUCUCCAAGCUGAAGAGCGCCAGAGGAAUACACCUUUCUACACCCAAGUGGCACUUCUAUUAACUCGCUUCUGUAUUUUUGUCUCCCUGUAUACCUGUCAUAUUCCACUUAAUUAACAAGAUACAUGUUUUAUGAGUUUAAUAAUAGAUUACAGUAGUAGAUGAAUUAGACAAAGAAAGAGAUUCUGUAACGCAGGAAAUUUCCCUGGUUUUAAAGUCAGUGUAAACUCAUUUCAGAUAAUUGUUUCUAAACACAUUAUAAAUGUGACAAAUGUAUUACUGAAACAUGUUACAAAACUGUGAACUAUGUGGUACUGAUUCUGAAUUGUAUAGUUACAUCAUUAAACUUUUUUCCAUUUUUU